UCCACUGUCGAAGUGCUGCGCUGUUAUUUUCCUGCAGAAUUAGCCACUGGCUUCACCUGCGCCAUAGUAAGGAGCAACGGGUUAGGGUUUUAGCUGUUUCUGUACUCACAGAUUUCGAUACUUCUCCUCUCAAUGCUUCUUUCUCGACAGCCAUUGUAGCUUUCCUGUAACUUUUUGUAUUCCAAACCUUAUCCUUAUAUGUUCUACUUUCAAAGAUUUAGUUUUUUUUUUUCCUUGCUGUUCUCCCUGAACCCACGAAUCCUCAAUCCCAUUAUCUUUAAUCUCAUUUUCCUUGCUGUGGUUGAUUCGGAAAAUGGGGAUUGCAAAGUUGCUUUUGCUGAGUCUCAUGUCGGUAUUAUACUGUGCAUCUACUGGUAAGGCUGAGUAUCUCAAAUACAAAGAUCCAAAACAACCAUUGGGCACAAGAAUCAAGGACUUGAUGAAGAGGAUGACCCUUGCUGAAAAGAUAGGCCAAAUGACACAGGUUGAGCGUAAGAUUGCUACGGCGGAAGACAUGAAGAAGUAUUUCAUUGGUAGUUUAUUAAGUGGUGGUGGGAGUGUUCCACGUCCGAUGGCCACUUCUAUGGAUUGGGUGGAUAUGAUCAAUGAAUUCCAGAAGGCUAGUCUUUCAACGCGCCUUGGGAUUCCAAUGAUCUAUGGAAUAGAUGCUAUUCAUGGAAAUAAUAAUGUGUACAACGCAACUAUAUUUCCACACAAUAUUGGGCUUGGAGCUACUAGGGAUCCUGAUCUAGUGAAGAGGAUUGGUGCAGCAACUGCUCUAGAAGUGAGGGCCACCGGCAUUCAAUAUACUUUUGCUCCAACAAUUGCUGUAUGCAGAGAUCCUCGGUGGGGUCGAUGCUACGAGAGCUAUAGUGAAGAUCCUAAAAUAGUUGAAGAAAUGACUGAGAUUAUUCCUGGAUUACAAGGGGAGAUUCCUGCAAACCAUGAAAAAGGUGUCCCAUAUGUUGCUGGAAAGGACAAAAUUGCAGCCUGCGCUAAGCAUUUUGUAGGUGAUGGUGGGACAGUCAAAGGAAUUGAUGAAAAUAACACCAUUAUCAGUGAACAUGGACUAUUAAGCAUCCACAUGCCUGCUUAUCGGGAUGCCAUUAUUAAGGGUGUUUCCAGUGUCAUGGUCUCUUACUCUAGCUGGAAUGGAGAGAAAAUGCAUGCCAAUCACCCUCUUAUUACUGGCUAUCUCAAGAACACUCUUAAGUUUAGGGGCUUUGUGAUAUCUGAUUCAGGGGGAAUUGAUCGUAUCACCACACCAGCUGAUUCAAAUUACACCUACUCUGUCCAAGCUGCAAUAAAUGCUGGAAUAGAUAUGGUUAUGGUUCCUUACAUGUUUAAAGAAUUCAUUGGUAAUUUGACUGCCCUGGUUUCCAAGGGGGUUAUCCCUUUGGGCAGAAUUGAUGAUGCCGUUAGUAGGAUCUUAAGGGUCAAAUUUGUCUUAGGCCUCUUUGAGAACCCUAUGGCAGAUUUUAGUUUCACGGCUGAGCUUGGGAAGAAGGAGCACAGGGAGCUUGCUAGAGAAGCUGUCCGAAAAUCACUUGUACUGUUGAAAAAUGGAAAAUCAAAUGGGAAUCCAUUUCUUCCCCUUCCCAAGAAAGCUCCAAAGAUCUUAGUUGCUGGGAGCCAUGCUGAUAACUUGGGUUACCAAUGUGGUGGCUGGACUAUUGAAUGGCAGGGGCUUGGCGGGGACAUCACAGUAGGAACUACAAUCUUGGAUGCUAUAAAAUCCACUAUUGAUCCUUCAACUAAGGUUGUGUACAGUGAGAAUCCAGAUAUUGAUUUCAUGAAAGACAAUAACUUCCCUUAUGCCAUAAUUGUCGUUGGGGAGCCACCUUAUGCUGAGUUUGCUGGAGACAAUCUCAACAACCUCACACUUCUCGAUCCUCUUCCUAGCACGAUCCAGACCAUCUGCGGCGUCACCCAAUGUGCUGUGAUCAUCGUCUCUGGCCGACCCCUGGCGAUCGCGCCUUCCAUUCCAGCCAUGGAUGCUCUUGUUGCUGCUUGGCUUCCUGGAUCAGAAGGACAAGGUGUUGCUGAUGUUCUCUUUGGUGACUAUGGGUUCACCGGCAAGCUUUCGCGCACUUGGUUCAAAUCAGUUGACCAGCUUCCCAUGAACAUAGGGGACAAGAACUAUGAUCCUUUAUUCCCAUUUGGAUUUGGCUUGACAACAGAGCCCAAACAGGCAAGGCCAAUCUCUGCUGCUGAUAUUUCAAGGAAGAGGAAUUACUGGUUUUUUACUGUAAUUCUUGCAUUAUUGCUACAUAGGUAUUGAGUGGGAUAGUCAUUUUAUUGGUGAAAGAGGACAGAAAGCUUCUCUAUCUGCAGAAGUUUUGUUCUUUUUUAUGG